GGUGAAUAACAAAUAAGCUUCUGCUUCUGCUGAUCCGAUUCUGCGUGCGGUGGCUCGGAAGAUGAGUGUUAUCAUGUGCGAUUCUGUCUGAGAACAAAAAAUAUCUGUUUUGGGCCGAUUUUGAAAUUUAUCACUUUGAAUCAAUGCGCCAUUUCAGGUUAUUUACAGUAAGAGAUCACAGCAACUGACAAAAGACAUUCGUGCGGUGAAUAGUGAAUAUGUUGGUAUCGUUAUGUGCAGUUAUGUGACUGUGUUGUGACGGUCACGUCGUCACUCGUCACGUCGCUUGUGCUGCAGAAGUGAAAGCAGACCACAGCAUUCAUUCAUAUCUGCUAGAUUACAAACCUGGGACUGUUUCUUUAUUGCCUUCAGAUUGAUUCAUUUUUGUGAUAUUUCAUUUGCGUUACUUAUAGCCGGUUAGCAAUGGAUCCAAUCGUAUUAGAUUCUGACAAGUCUGCUAAGUCUUCAAGGGAUGUUGAUGUUGAAGAUCCAAAAUCUUUGGAGAAUGGCGAAUUAUCUCAGCCGAGUACCAAAAAGAAAAACAGAAGAAAAGAAAGAUCUCGUAAAAAGAAAUUAACGUCCCUAGACAACCAAGCUGAUGACAUCUCUGGUCAAGUUGAAUUGUUGAGUCUUCAAGAUUCAUUGCUCUCUUCCAAUGGACCCAAUACAAGUUUCACAGCAUUUACACCAUUUACACCUACAAUCAGUGCUGAAAAUCCGCUGGUUAACAUUGCUGGGCUUGAAAGCAGUGUCUCAUCACCAAGCAAGAAACGAAGUAAAAAGAAGAAGAAUGUGGCUUUGGCAUCUAUAAAAAAACUCAGUGAAUGUAAUGGUGAAUUGAAAGAAAUAUCAUCUCCUGGCAUCUCCGAAUUUUUACCAGAAACGUCAGAAAUCCCCCCUGUCAUCCCAACUGACACAGUGAAAGUAAACCCGAGAAAUAGAAGGAGGGCCAAGCCUGUUUCUGAAUAUAGCAGUGAUUUUAAUCAUGAAAGUAUUACAAAUGUUUGUGAUAGGAAAAGUUCUUCAAACCGCAAAGCUAAGCCUCAGGCCAUGAAGCCAAAGCCUCAGCAUUUUGAAAAUUUUCCAAACUCCAGUCAAGUAAGGCAAAAGCAAGGAGGUACCGGAUCGAGAAGUAGAACUAAUAGAAGUUCUGAAUCUAUGUUGAAUGAAAACAAGUUCGAUGAUCAUUUCCAGCGAGAACUUGUGGAAGCUAUGAUGAAAAAUCAAGCGAAUGUGGUCAAAGGGUUUAUCCGAAUUAAUCAAAGGAACUUUCGGGAGGCCUACAUAAAUAAUCCAGAUGGCUCACGAGAUAUUAUAAUUGAUGGAGUUAAAGACCGUAACAGAGCACUUGAAGGUGAUGAAGUGGCCGUACUUAUUUUGCCUGAAAGCCAAUGGAAAAACACUGAUGGUAUUCAGAAAGUAGGCAAAGUCAUUUAUAUUUUGACCCAAGUUCAUCAUCGUCAAGCUGUUGGUAGCUUGAAGAAAAUGCAAGACAAUAACUCAAGAGUGGCCCUCUUCUCUCCUCGUGACUCACGAGUCCCUCGAUUGCAAAUACCAAUGAAGGAGUGUCCUGGUAAUCCUAAAGAUUGGGAGAACUGCCUCUUUAAUGCACGAAUUGUUGAAUGGAAUGAUGUGAGGUAUGCCAAAGGACAGCUAAUUGGAGAUAGUUUUGGAGUUCAAGGAGAUAUCGAAGCGGAGACUCGAGCUAUUCUACUGGAAAAUGAGAUUGAUGGUGCUCCUUAUGACAGAAGCUAUCAAGUUUUUUUCCCUGAACCACCUUUUGUACCAACAGAAAAUGAUUUUAAAGGCAGAGAAGACUUAAGGAAGCUCUGUAUUUUUACUAUUGAUCCGUCAACUGCAAAGGAUUUAGAUGAUGCAGUUUCUUGUGAACAACUGGACAACGGCAAUUUUAAAGUUGGAGUACAUAUAUCUGAUGUUACUUACUUUCUUAGAGAAGGGACACCUUUGGAUAGAGAAGUUGCCAAGCGGGCAACAACAACAUAUCUGGUUCAAAGGGCUUAUCAUAUGCUUCCAAGGGAGCUUACAAUGAUGUGCUCAUUGUUACCAGGAGAAGACAAACUGGCAUUUUCUGUAUUUUGGGAAAUGACUCCAGAUGCGGAAGUAGUUUCUCACUAUUUUACUCGGUCAGUGAUUAACUCUUGUUCUCAGUUGGCUUACGAACAUGCUCAGGUAAUGAUUGAUGAUCCUAACUAUCAGUGGAAAGAAGGUGAAUUCCCUCCAAUUUAUGGUCCUUGGACAGUAGAGGAUCUAAAGAAAGUAGUUCUGUCUCUUCAAAGUUUAGCAGCAAUUAUGCGAAAGCAUAGAUUUGAUACUGGGGCUCUCAGAGUUGACCAAACUAAACUCAUGUUUCAUUUAGACUCGGCAGGCGAGCCAGAAAAUUUUGCAGCCUACAUCAACAAAGAAAGCCACAGGUUAAUUGAAGAAUUUAUGCUCCUUGCAAAUAUGACUGUUGCAACAGCUCUGCAAAGUCGGUUUCCUAAGUUGUCUUUCCUACGAUGCCAUGAUGAGCCUCAACCAGAUAUGCUGAAGAAGCUCGCAGAUACUCUUGAAAAGUUUGGUAUUGUGCUGGAUAUAUCAUCUGCUGGUUCUCUACAUUCAUCUCUACAACGAUGCAAAUCUGACAGCAAUGAUACUCGUUUCUUAGCACUUAAUAGUCUUUGUUCUCGGCCAAUGGUGCGUGCCAGGUACUUCUGUGCUGCUUCGAUUGAUGAUGUUCAGUACAUGAAGCAUUAUGCUCUGAACGCACCCCUUUAUACCCACUUUACAUCCCCUAUCAGAAGAUAUGCUGAUGUGAUGGUUCACCGUUUAUUAUCUGCACUCCUUGGAUACAGUGAUGAGCUAAAGUGGUCUGUGGACUACGUCAAUAGUAUUGCUGCUAAUUGCAACAAAAUGAAGUUUUGUGCCAAGAAAGCAGGUGAACAAAGUAAUGAACUUUUUCUGGCUUUGUGGGUGAGAAAGUAUGGUAGCAUUGUUGAAGAAGCUGUUGUUCUUGAUGUUAAAGAUCGGUCCUUUGAUGCCUUAAUUUGUUCAACUGGCAGUAAUAUACGUGUAUACACAGAUAAACUGUCUGCAUCAGUUGAGUUUAAAAAUGACUUUGUGCCUCAACUUUCAAUUGUUUGGUCUAUUGAUGGCACCUCUCAACACUCUACCCAAAUUGUCACCAUGUUUAGUGUGGUGCGUGUGGCCCUUCGUGUCUCUAAUACCAAUCUUCUCAAGCUGGAAGCAUCACUUCUUCCUCCUAUUGAACAAAAUUAACCUUCUUUUGCUUUCUUUUUCCUUAAAUCAUUUGUUUCAACUUUCUGAAAAAAAAUUGUUACAUUACUUUAUUUUUUAAAUAUUGGUGUUGUUUUACAUCUAUGUUUGUUGUACAAACAAUUUAAUGAUAGAGUUAUUACAACACAUUCUAUUGAGUUUUAUAGAUUCCUAUGAAAUGUAUUUAUGUGCUGUGAGUAAGUUUUGCUCAGGCUGUGCCAAAUGUUGCCACUGCCAUUUCAUCAAGCUUUUUUUGUUUGUUUAAAGUAGCUACAAAGCAUAAUUCCUUGUUCACCCUUCACUAGUAAAGUGUGACUUUUUUCGUGCCUUUUAAUUUGAAUGAAUUUUGAGACAAAUGUCAUGUAACUGUAACUGUUUCCUUUAUUAUUUUGUCUUUCCUAGUCAUGUUUUUGAUAGUGGUUCUGUAUGUUGAAUGUGGGAAUGACUGAUGAUAAUGUUUUUUUCAUUUCUCUUUAGUAUAUAUUUUGUGUUAGGUAAUGAAUUACAGCUACCCUACAAGGUUAUUUUUGUUUUAAAUCUUUGAUGAUUAGCUGGAGGUUGUAUACACAGUAUGUAGUCUAUAUUAAUUGACAAUUACCAAUACAGUUUUGUACUUUUUAACAUUGUUUUUGCUUGCAUGUUUUCAUUAGGUCUUUGUGUAUUUAUCUAUCAGUUUUUGUACAGGGCUGUUGUGUAACAUAUCCUAGUCCUGUAUUUUUUUAUAUGAAGACUUCUAUGGCUCAAAUGCUGAAUACAUGAUCUCUUAUACCAAGGGUUUAAUUCUUGUCUAUUUUUGUCUUCCAGUGUGAUAUAAUCUUAAAUUAGGAAGACUGUUGUUACAGCCAAGUACAAAUACAUCUCAAGAGUAUUUAGUUCUUGAGUUUGACUCCAAUGUUGUUCACUACUCUACGUAGUUGUUUACUUCUUGUGUUGGGUAAUACAAGUAUUGUUCUGUAUUCUUAUCUCUGGUUUUGUUAAUUUUGAUUGAGAUGUAAUAAUUACAUUGACAAUUGGGACGUUUCUGGUUAACUUAAUGAUUUUAUUGAUCCCAUUUUCUGUAUCUAUGAAAUUAUAUCUAUUUAGUCACAUGAGUUUCUGGUAAGAGAUGGAUUGGUGAAGCACAAUUUUUGAAAUUAAUGUGUCUGUCUCUUACGAGAUUCUUCAGUUUUCUUUUGUUUAAUUUGUUUGUCAGAAAUAUUACCCAUGAAUGAUUAAAUCUUGACUAUCAAUUGUUAUUGGUAUGAGGGUUCUUCAAAACGAAAUUUAAGUGUACAGUGACUCGUUCAGUGGUUGCUAGCAUGAGAAAAAAAUAUCUUAUUUAUCCCUCAAGUUUUAGCGCUGACAAUACUUUUCAUUCUGUGUUCCUGAGGGUAUGUUGUGAUUAUUAUUUUCUUAUAAAACUUGUGGUUACAAAGUC